UAUCCAAGGCGCAAGUGCAGAGAGGAUGAGCUGCCGCAGCGCCUCCGUCUGGGGUCGGCGCUCGGCGAAACCUUUCCCGUCCGCCUUUGCUGGUUUUCUUUCCGACUCUCACUUCCCGGUGAUCCCUUUGGUUCGGGUUUGGCUCAUGCGAUCAAGAUGAUUCAACUAAAGACGUUGCUAAACUGUAUCGACAACUCCGGUGCUGCGGUUGUCGAAUGCGUGAAUGUCCUGAAGAAGGAGCGAGCUGCCACUGUUGGCGAUAAAAUCGUGGUGGUGGUCCAGAAACAGCGAAACUUCGGUCCCGACACCGCGCAGAGCAGUGGUAUUGCGAACAAGGUCCGUCGAGGAGAUAUUCGGCAUGCCGUGAUCGUCCGAGCAGCCAAGGAGACGCAACGAUCCGAUGGCUCCCUGGUCAAGUUUGACGACAACGCCUGUGUGUUGGUGAACAAAUCUGGUGACCCGAUCGGAACGCGAAUGAACGGAGUCGUGGCUACGGAACUACGAGGAAAGCAGUGGUCUAAGAUCUUGUCGUUGGCGCCGAUGCAUGUAUAAAUAUCCCCCAUGAAAGCGAAUCGUUUAUUACACAUAUCUAGUCUGUAUCAAUAG